CCCUCAGUGUGCAUAAAUUUUGUGUGCAAAUGGAGGCUUCCACAGAUUUAUUCAUAAAUUUGAUUCAAAGUAACCGAAUCCUUUAUGAUAAAUCAUUAAAGGAAUUUAAGAAUAUACGGAAGAAGGAAGAGGUAUGGAAACGUUUGGCUGACGAAAGCAGAAUGACCGGUAAUUUUAACGAAUCGAAACAACUCACAUAAAUUUAUAAAUCUUGAAAUUGCUAGUGGAUGGUGCAAAGAAAAAGUACGCUUCGUUACGCCAGAAAUAUUGCCGCGAGAAACGGAACAUUGAAGUGAAAAGACGUAUGAAAUGUGGAACUCAAAGAUACUGGGUAUAUUUCGAGCGGCUCCGUUUCCUUGAUUCAUUCAUACAGCCGAGAUCGACGUUUACAAACGAUACAUCGUUUGACGAGGACAAAGGUACAUCGAAUAACAGUGACCUGGAAACUGAUCUUGUCGACGAGAGCGAAUCUAAUAUUGAGAUCCAGUUGGAGGACGGAAUCGAAAUCGAUGAAUUAGAGUUGCAAGAUGGGGGUUACGAGAAAAAUGGCAAUGAUGAGCAUUUGGAUGAAAAUAUGGACAAAAGUGGUCAACACACGUCAGUUAAACGGGUUAUAUCGAAAUAUACCGGUGAAGUGUCAACCUUUACUUAUGUGUCUACACCUAGUAUUGACGUACGCGUUGACCAACAACACGAUUCCGCCGUCGAAGCUGUAGACAACGAGAUCCCACAAGAACAAAUCGAUGAACCCGUUGACGGUUAUAUGUCACCUUAUUCGAAUGCAACAUCAACAAAGGUCAAUGUACCAUCGCGUCAGUCCAUUCCAACAACAGCAAAGGGAACCUCGGCCCGUAUUAACCCAAUGCGAAGUGAAAUAAAUGAACUAUCACCCACAAUCGAAGAUUCAUUUGAUAUGGACGACUAUGUUUCACCACAUCCUGGCACAAGCGCCUCACAAAAAAUAAUACCACCGUCAUGUCGAAAACUUACUCCAGCAGCCAAUCAACUGGUUCCAAAUGCUUCAAAACCAAAAAACAUACUUUCCACGUUACCUCCGUCAAAAAAAUACAAAUCCAAUGCAAAUCGAUCUGCUGUCAAUCAAUCCAACGAAACAUCUUCUAACGCUAAUACAGUACCAAUUGUAGCUCCGACAAAUCCAGCCACAACAGCCUCAAAAGAUCAGCGCAUCGAAGCAAUUAGACAGCAAAUGGAGUCCUGUUUGACCGCUAUAACGAAUAAAGUCACUGAAAAAUCGGAGCGAUCUCCAUACGCUCCGUUCCUAGCGUACCUGGGAACGAAAUUGUCAUUGGUCUCCCAGGACAUUCUUCCAAAUUUGGAGCGGGAGAUCUUGGAGUUAGUAAAUCAGCAUUCGAUUUGAAAAUUACAUUAAGAUUUUGUAUCUGUGUUAUUUUUUUAAACUAGCCGCGAGUGUUUGAGUGACGCGUCCUAACAUUUUCUGACAUUGAUCAGUCGUAUUUUUCUCCAUGUAUGAUUUUGCAUUUUAACUUACUAUUUAACUGUUAUCUUUUGAAAUAAACCGAUGACAAAGCCGAUAAAAAUGAGUUCUACUACUUCGUUUUGACUCUCAUCAUUAUUCCAUCCUUUUAUUCGAGGUAUGUUCAACUCAACCAGAGUCAAGUAU